GCCGCCCUCUGCAGCUUUUCAUUUGUACCUAAACGAGGUUGAUAUUUUUUUGCAGGCGGAGCUCUGCUGUUGCUUCGCUGUUGGAAUUCAGUUUCUGCUCGAAUUACUCUAGAUUGCAGCGGGGAAGGAGAAAGCAUACCGUAUCUGCAAGCAGAUGUGAGCUGGACUAAACAUCAUCCUAAAAACAGCAAGAGAAUCGCUAUGUGGCAGCCUGCGACCGAACGAUUGCAGCACUUUCAAACAAUGUUGAAGACCAAGCUGAAUGUUUUAACAUUACGGAAAGAGCCACUACCUACGGUAAUAUUCCACGAACCAGAAGCCAUCGAACUCUGCUCCACCACUCCGCUGAUGAAGAAUCGGACUCACCCGGGCUGCAAGGUUACCUAUUUGGGGAAGGUCACCUUAACAGGGACGCAGUUUUUAACAGGCUGCACUGAAUCGGCGGUCAUCGGCUUGUGGGAGCAGCAUGCCCUAGCCCAGGAAGACACUACUCCAGCCAAUGCCAUCCUGGAGAUACGGCCCUUUCAGGUGCGGUUACACCACCUGGACGGCCGGAGAGAAGCGACAGUCCACAUGGACACCUACCAAGUGGCACGCAUCGCCUACUGCACUGCAGACCACAACGUCAGCCCCAACAUCUUUGCCUGGAUUUACCGGGAGAUAAAUGACGACUUGACUUUCCAGAUGGACUGCCACGCCGUGGAGUGUGAGAGCAAGCUGGAGGCCAAGAAACUGGCGCACGCCAUGAUGGAAGCCUUUAAGAAGACCUUUAACAGCAUGAAGAGUGACGGCAGAAUCCACAAAAGCAGCUCGUCGGAUGAAUUUCCUGAGGAGUCUGCCACCGACGAUGACUGAGCACACCUGUUACAAACCUGCCGCAGCAGGUAUACUGAAGAUGUGAAACGGAUAAGAGGGUAUUCAAAUGGGCUGGGGGGAGGGGGGGUGAGGGAGACAAAACUAACAAACCGCAGCCGCUCUCUUGGAUGACCGCUUUUUCAAAUCAAAAGGAUGAUUCAGUACUUAAAGAUAUGCAUCAUUAAAGUAAUUACAUUCCUGUUUCAAAGCUGUUGUUCUGUAAAUGUGCAAAUAAGCUUUUUCUCUAAAGCUUGACAGUGUUCAGGCUCUUGCCUUGACUCUAAUGCGCUCCAAUGUGGCUAAUGAAAUCCAUCAAGCUAUUGUGAAGAGUCUACGGACCCAGCCUCAGACUUCGUCGCACAACAAAGCUGAUAUUCAUCUGGCACACGUGGGAGGAGGUUACAGAGACAGUAUCCUCCUUCUUAGGCUGACCUUUCCCUUCUGAAGAAAUAAGGAAAACAUUACCGAUACAGUAUAUAAAAAAUAUAUCAAAAUUACAUUUCAAUGUUUGCGAAUUCUGUGUUUUUUUUUGUUUUUUGCAAUUUUCUUUAUAAUGUCAUUAUACAAAAAUAAUGUUUAUUCAAAAAUAGAAAGCAUCUACUGAGGGUCAGUUGAAGUAAUAUCAUGCAGUUUUACACUGCUGUGGACUGGCACAACCAGAUAUACUGUUUUGGGUUUUGCAGUUUAGAAUUAUUUAAAAGUGACUGAAGCACUGGUCACAAGAAAAAAAAAAUUAUCUAAGGAAGCAGAGCAGACACUUUCAGUACAUUUAGAUACACUGUAGGAAAAAUCUAAACCAAUAUCCUAUAUAGGUAUUGUUUACCUUUAGUCAUUGUGGCUUUAUCUCAAGUUCUAAAGAUUAGCUUAGUGGGCUGAUAAACUGUAUAAAGUCACCUUGUAGUAAGUUGUCACAAAUAUCAAUAUUUGAACAGGAAAAGAACAACAGGAAUAAUUAUGUCAAGUAAAAAUAAUUCAUUAGAACACCAUUCUUAUUUUACUUGACUUUUUCUACCCUGUCACCACACUAUAAAAUCACUUCCUUUGCAGGUAUUCGGACCUUACUCGCAUAGAGUGAUUUAUAGUGUGGUGGCAGGAUUCAUUGGCUUUAGGUACUUUAACAAAAUGAGAAGAGGCUUGCAGUAACAUUAGAAUAUUGUUUUAAGGUAAGACCAGUGCACACAUAUAAGAGUCCACAAUCAUGCAACUAUUCAUCAUUUUUGUAUAAAAAAACACUUUUUUUUUUAUAGUGUACCCAAAUGCAAUCUGAAUGGCCUAUGCGAGUUAUCAGGUGCACCAUGUGUGACAGAGAGAUGGACAUAUAGACAGACAGAUAGACGCAGUCAGUGCAUACAAGUUUAUAUUUAGAACCUUAAAAGUGGGGUUUAAAGCUUUGAUUAUUUGUAACCCUAAAGUUACAGAAAACAAUUAAAAAUGUCAGUAUUAUUUUUUUGGACGGUACUUUGCUUAAGAAUGGAAGCCAAGUAUACCGUGUCCAGUUUGUUUUAGCUCUGAUUUUAUAAGGGUUCAUUUUUAUAAGCAGUGUCUAUUAAAAAGUUUUCAUUUUUUGAUUGAAGGGAAUAAGAUUGUAACAUAAUCCAUUUUUCAUGGUGUGAGGUUCUUCGAGCAUUUACUUGUGUCGAUAUGUUACAAUUAAAAACGAUACAGCCAUACAGACAGCACUUGUAUACAGGAAUCUCAAGGGAAUCGUAUUUAAACUUUCUGAAAAGUGUUGCCAGUGCAUAUUUUUCAGUGUGGUCAAGGCUAGCUGUUAUUUGACUUAAAGAUUCAAUUAACACAAACGUUUUGAUAGAGAAUGAUAUAACCUCAAUUGGGAUAUGGAUUAUGGCAGGGGGGUUAAUUAGAUUAGGUUAGUGUUGCUGUCUUUUUUGUCCUGCACCAGCACUAUCACAGAGUCAGAGAUUUGAUACAUCAGGGGAAAUAAGAUCACGAUCACAGAAAGUUUCUUAAAUAUUCAGUGACACAUUUAAAGAUAACAUAAAUGUAUCUUUGGGGUCCGAACCCCAAAAAUGAUUGUGACAAAAUUCAGUAUGAAAGGAAUAAUAUAUGGGAAAAAUCUUCAUAUAUUUCUGCAGAAAGAAAAAUAUAUAUAUAUAUAAGCUUCUGUAAAUAAAAUGUAUCCAUUUCCAAAUAUUACAGCAUACAUGUUUAUAGUUAUUAUUUUAAAAGUACAUAAAUAUGUUUAUUCGCCGACUGUGAAAUAUAUAGAAAAUCAUAUAGUGGUGGAAUAUCAGAUAAAUUGUGCAAAGCCAUACAUUAGAUUCAGUGUUUCAAGAAGGGAAUUUAUAGAAGCAUAAGUAUAAUUGUUUUUUGUCUCAGAAAUGCUUGGAUUUGCUUAAAUGUUGUUUUUUUUUUUUCUAUAUGUUAUUUGCAAAGUUAAAAAAUAUAAACCAUUUACCAAGAAUGAUUCUGACUUUCUUUGUAAAAUCUUUGUCAAUCAUAAAUAUAAAAUAAUCCAAUGUCAUAA